GAAAUGGAGAGAAUUUCUCCCACAAAAGAUCUCAUGAUAAAGUUCAGCCAUUGCUCCACUAUUCUUCAGUACUACGGGACCUUCACUGAAGCCAUGCGAGUAAUCCCAUUCCUAUGUAAAGGGAGUCUAGCCAUGGUCAGAGUUUACUAUGAAGCUCUCAAGAACAGACUCAACACAAAGAAAAGUAUUCUCAGGCAGAAAGGCAGCUUCACAAAGGAACUAAUAAAGUUCCUCCUCGAAGGAAAGAGGCACUUGCUCUAUCAGAUGGAAAUCAAGCUGGAGAAGCCCAAGGAAGUCACUUUGUUUAAGAAGCUUGUCACCAAAACAGAAGAACCUGAAAAUGUUAAGUUCAGGUUGAUAAAUGUUACGUUUUCAGAAACAAUAGUUGAUGUUGAGAUGUAUAACUCUAUUUACUGGUGCCUUGUGGAUCAGAAUAUUGAUCCAUCAGGGCUACAGUUUGCUCGGUAUGACUAUAUAUUCUCUGAUCUUCAGUUAAAGCAAAAGGAUGCAAAGUUUGAGUACACCAAAUAAAAUUGACCACGCAGAAAUAAUUCCGUAUUGAAUGUUAUAUAAAAGAAUCCAUUAUGCAGAGUUUGAUACCUCUCCAAAAAAUUUGCAGGAACUAUUAAACUUAAACAUCCCUAUCUCAGAGUUGGGACUCAAAAUUGAUAUCUUAAGGGGAGGAAAACAAAAAUUGCUUGAUUUUGAGAAUUUACAUAUUUAUCCCAACGAUUUUUCAGGAGAGGAAGAGAGAACUCUCUUCUUCGUCAAUCUGAAAAAGGCCUGCUCUUAUAUCACUAAGCUCAUCCUCAUUCCUAAGACUACAGGGGAUGAGGAUCUGAGCUCCCUGGAUUGGUUCACUCUAGAAGAUGUGCAAGAGAUAUUUCCAAAUGUUCAGAAUUUAGAGUAUAAUUUUAAAAUGUUACCAAAUUCAAUGUGCAUUAGAUCUGAUUCAUUCGGUUCAUCCAGGCAGAUAAAAUACAGGCCUUCUCCUUCCUUGCUUUGCUCAUCAUUACUCCAGAAUGGAUGCAGUUAUUCAAGUAUUGACAGUGAAAACAAGAAUGGCUACAUUGUAAUGGAUGAUGUGGACUUCUUUCUUUACAAUCCAAUCACAGAGGAAUACUCUAGCUUCCAUUGUAGUAAAUACUUUCACACAGUCAAUGCCAGGACUUAUGAUGCUACUCAUGAAGAGAUAGAGAGAUUUAAGAAAAGAUUUAUUAAAAUUAUUUCUCCAAGUGGAUGGCCCCACAUCAGAUUUAUUGAAGUCAAAUAUUUGGAAGGAACUAAAUUUGAACAUGUAUCCAAAGUUAAUGCACUUAACUCCCAACAGUUUGAACAAGCGAGAGAAGAGUUUACAGAAGAGCAUAAAGAGUACACUGAAUUGAAUGAACCAAUUAUGUUCUUCAAAGAGAAAACAUUUGAUAAGGUUGUUGGGUUAGAUUUUCUGAUGAAAUAUCAACCUAGGACUUGCAGAGAAGUAUGCAUCAAGCUAGAAAAUGAUUCAAACUUGUCUGAAAAUGUAGAAAAUUUAAAGAUUUUAUCAUCGAUCAAAGUAGUUUCAAAGCUCUCUCUUGAAGUAGAGCUUACACCAGAAAAUUGUGAGCUGAUUAUAAAAGCUCUUAAUCACAAGAUCCCAUACAUAACUAUAGUAGUUUCAAAGCUGGCUCUGAAAAAGAUUCCAAAGGAUCUUCGUAAAAGAAUUUCCUCUGGAUUGAUUUGUCAUAAGUCUCUAAAAUCUCUCAGUUUUAAGUUCAAAGAGAACAGUGGGGUUCAAUAUUAUAAUAGAGCUCACUCAAAAGAAAGCAAGUUUAAGUUCAAGAAAUUUGUUGAAAAGAUACUUCUAACUUGUAACCAUGCUACAGAGAAGAUUAGUCCUUGGAGCCAAGUUGAGUUGACAGAUUAUUAA